UGUUUGACAUGUUGUAGUUUACCUCAACGAAAGUGGAUCUGAAUCUACUAGUAGACUUUUAGAUGGAGUGCGAUAGAGGGGCGGAAGAUACAUAGAGAGGAACCCAUAAAAUAGAAGAGAGAGAAACUUCACUUCACUCUCAGUCCCGCUUGUUCACUUCAAAACCCUACUAAAAAUCACUUAUUGGCUUUUCUUUCUUCUUCUUCGUGUCCAGAAGCGAAAAGGAACCGUCCAUGGAUCCUUAUGAAGCAACGAAUGUUUUGUUUUCCAAAGUCAAGAACAUAGACCCAGAACAUGCCUCCAAAAUCAUGGGUUUUUUUCUGAUACAAGACCUCGAAGAAAAGGAUUUGAUACGCUUGGCGUUUGGCCCUGAAACCAUCCUGCGCACCAUGAUUCUCAAGGCCAAAUCCCAGUUGGGACUUCCAUCGAAAACCUUCUCUACACCCACUUCACCGUCUCCGUUGAACCCCAUUUCGAGACCCAACAGCCACAACCCGUUCUCACAAUCUUCGCCUCGAGUUGCGAACACUAAUGGAUUUCCCACUUCUCCGUCCUCGAAUUCUUGGUCGCUUGGGUCACCAAACAACGGCAAUAGUGGUAACACUUUUAGCCCCAAAGCAAGUCCCUUUCUUUCUUAUGAUAACAUCCGUGCUGCUGUGCAACACAGAAAUGUUGUUGGCGAGGGGGGAGAUAGUGGAAAUAGCAGUGAUUUCAUUGAUGAGCUCCAACUGAACGAGUAUCUUUCCUUCCUUAACGAAUCUUCUUCGUCGAUGAAUGAUGAAUUUGUUGAUCCAAGGGUUCAGGGGGGUGGUUAUGCCAUGAAUAAUGGGGACACCCAUUUGCAUAGAAGGAGUUUCUCUGCGAGUGACGCAUGUAUUGGGACUGAAGAGGCCGGAUUUGGUGUUGGGUAUAAACCUUGCAUGUACUUUGCCAGAGGAUUUUGCAAGAAUGGUGACAAUUGCAAAUUUAUGCAUAGUGGUUUUGGUGAUAUGCUUGAUGGUAAUGGUGGUGGUGGUGUUGGUUCGCCUAGCAAACUGGAGAAUCUUUAUCUUCAGCAGCACCAUGAGCAGAUGAUGAAAUUGAGGGCUGCCCAGCAGCAUAGAUUAGCUGCACAAUUUGCUACUGGCGGCAUAUCACCAUUGGCUUUCAACAAGGGCUUGAGGUUUCUCUUGCAACAACAAAAUGACUCCCCAAGAUUGGGGGCAGCUGAUCUGGUGAUGGAUGAAGAAUUUCACAAGUUUGGCCGUUGCCAUGCUGAAAGAAAUGAUUUCUUAGCAAUGAGUUUGGCAGAAAAGGCAAACUCAGCUUCCAGACAGAUAUACUUGACAUUCCCAGCUGACAGCACUUUUCGAGAUGAAGAUGUUUCAAAUUAUUUCAGCAAUUUUGGUUCAGUACAAGAUGUCAGGAUUCCAUACCAGCAGAAGCGAAUGUUUGGCUUUGUUACCUUUCUUCACCCAGAGACUGUGAAGCUCAUAUUGGCCAGAGGGAAUCCUCAUUUUAUCUGUGAUUCACGUGUCCUUGUCAAACCCUACAAGGAAAAGGGGAAAGUCCCGGACAAGAGGCAACAACAUCUACAACAACGGUUGGAAAGGGGGAGUAUUUCCCCCUGUUCAAAUCUUCCUGUGGUUGAUUCUGCAGAGCUAUAUGACCAACACCUUGGAGCAAGAAUGUACUAUAAUGCACAGGAGAUGAUGAUGAGAAGGAAGUUAGAGGAACAGGCUGAAUUCCAGCGAGCCAUUGAACUUCAAGGGAGAAGGUUGAUGAAUCUUCACCUUCCAGACUUGAAGUGUGAUUUGAUUCGUAAUCACCAGCGUAGUCUAUCUGUUGGUGCUCCGGUUUCAUUACCCACUCAUACAGAGAUCAACAAAACAGUCAAUUUUCCUUCUGAUGGCAUGAAUAAUGAAGUCACAAAAGCAGGUACUGUUCAGAAGGAGGUGGAUAUCGGUAGCAUUGGCAACAACGGUGGUGGUGAUGGCAAGGAGGAGAAUUCAAACCAUGAAGGGUGUGCUCGGUGUGAAUGCCAUGACCACAGCAUGGAUCAUGGUCUCCCUAAUACCCCUUUUGCAUCUCCCUCAAAAUCAACUGACUCUGCUGGGAAUCAGCAUGCUGACUUUGCCACUGCUUUGACACAUGCCAAUGAAAGCACCAAUCAUUCAGUCACUUUGUCUUCAACUGAGAAUAACCUUUCAGUAGCCACCACUUGUACUGUCGAUGUGGCUUCUCACUAAUUAAAACUUUCCUAAAUGCAAAGGUUUGGUUGCAGGCAUAAAGCUUAGUGAAUUGUAGUUAAUAAUGAUAGCAUUGCCACAGGAUUUAUUUGCUUAGGAGAGUAGUCUAUGCAGGAAAUAGAGAAGCUUAUAUAUAUAUAAAAGGGGAGGAAAGUUUUCCAGAUGUAUAGCAAAUCGUAUACCAGCACUGAAGAGUAGAUCUGUUCACAAUAUCUGAACAAUAUCACUACCAUCAUCGUCAAUACAAUACUACUGACAGCAAAGGGAGAUUACAUACUUAAUGAACAGACCAAAUGAUUUAUAAGUAGGGUUUUUCUUUUUGUUUUUUAUUAGCUUAUGUAGGUGUUCUGGACCACAGAGACCAAAUCAGAAGCAAGGAAUCACAAUCUUUACUAUGUUUUUCCUUUAUAAAUUCUCUUAUAUAUAGAUAUGUGUGUGUGUGUGUGUGUGUGUGUGUGUGUGUGU